GCCGGAGCCGGGCCCCGCGGGCUGCGGGCAGAUGCCGCCCGGAGUCGGCUCAGCAGCGCGGGCGGCGCGGAGCUCUGUGGGAAGCCCGUCUCAGGCAGGCAGACGGGAUGGCUAGCUCAGCCCGGGAGCAUCUGCUCUUUGUGUGGCGCCGGAACCCUCAUAUGCGGUACACACUGAGCCCAGAGAACCUGCAGAGCCUGGCUGCGCAGGGCUCCCUGCCUGAGAACAUGACCCUGCCACGGGCCAACAGCGACACGGACCUGGUGACUUCGGAGAGCCGCUCCAGCUUGACGGCCAGCAUGUACGAGUACACCCUGGGCCAGGCCCACAACCUCAUUAUCUUCUGGGACAUCAAGGAGGAGGUGGACCCCAGUGACUGGAUUGGACUCUACCACAUAGAUGAGAAUUCUCCAGCUAAUUUCUGGGACUCUAAAAACAGGGGUGUAACUGGGACACAAAAAGGACAAAUUGUAUGGAGAAUUGAGCCGGGGCCCUAUUUCAUGGAACUGGAGAUUAAGAUCUGCUUCAAGUACUACCACGGCAUCAGCGGGGCCCUGCGCGCCACAACCCCCUGCAUCACUGUGAAGAACCCCGCGGUGAUGAUGGGAGCAGACGGCACGGAUGGAGGUGCUUCAGGAAACCAGAAUCCUCGAAAACUUGUCAGCUUUACACUGUCAGACCUCAGGGCAGUUGGGCUAAAGAAAGGAAUGUUCUUCAACCCCGACCCUUAUCUGAAGAUGUCCAUCCAGCCAGGGAAGAAGAGCAGCUUCCCCACCUGCGCCCACCACGGGCAGGAGAGACGGUCCACUAUCAUCAGUAACACCACCAAUCCCGUUUGGCACCGGGAGAAAUAUUCCUUUUUUGCACUUCUUACUGAUGUCUUAGAAAUAGAAAUUAAGGACAAGUUUGCCAAGAGCCGUCCCAUCAUCAAGCGUUUCCUGGGCAAACUAACCAUCCCGGUGCAGAGGCUGCUGGAGAGACAGGCUAUCGGGGACCAGAUGCUCAGCUACAACCUCGGCAGGAGGCUUCCCGCCGACCACGUGAGCGGGUGUCUGCAGUUCAGAGUCGAGGUCACGUCUUCUGUGCACGAAGAUGCCUCUCCCGAAGCCGUGGGCACGAUCCUCGGCGCCGGUGUCAUGAACGGAGACCCGGGGAGCCCCUCCGACGAGGAGGAUUUGCCAGGGGGCCACCCCGACGGGCCAGUGUCUGAGGACGGGAUGCCCAGGCGCUCCAUUCGGACGAGCGCCACCCUGGAGACGGACUCUGCGGACUGGGCGUCCGUGUCCUCGCGGGCCUCGCCCCCCCGGGGCCGGCAGGCCUCCCUCAACGACUACCUGGACGCCCUGGGGCACCCCUCGGCCUGCCCCUGCCCGGAGAGGCCCGCGGGCACAUCCCCCAAGCUCCGGAGCAGCUUCCCCACGGACACCAGGCUCAGCGCCAUGCUGCACAUCGACUCGGACGAGGAGGACCACGCGGGGCGGCCGGACGAGGACGAGGGGCUGGUGAUGCCCCGCAGGGCGUCGAGGACCCACGACUGGGGCCCGGCCCCUCAGAGGAAGCCGGAGAACUGCCCGGCGGAGGCGGAGGAGGGCUCCAGGGACGAGGCCGCCGCCCCCUGUGAGGAGAAGCCAGCAGCCCUGCCUGGGCCCGGCCCGAGCUGGGAAGGAGACAGCUUCCCAGGCCCAGGGGCCCCGUCUGACACCGACACGUCAGGAGGGAGUGGGAGGGCCGCCUGCGAGACCGAGUCCCCAGACCGGGGCUCCUCAGAGACGGAGCCCAGCGAGGCGGGCAGGACGGAGAGCCCCAGCGAGGCCGGCACCGGGCCCGAGGGCGAGAGUGACCCGGACGGGGCCCACGGCUCCUGCCAGGACAGCGCGGCCGCCCGGCCGUCCUCCCUGGAGAGCGCCCGCCUGUCCCACACGCCGGACCACGAGGGAGCCUGUGCGGGGGAGCCCAUGGGCCGUGGUGCCCGCACGCCCAGUCCUCUGCCCCCGGUGCGGGUGCCCAGUGCAGAGGACGAAGGGCCUGGGGCGCACCAGGCCGCUCUUCCGGAGUCGGAGCGGGAGAUGGAGCCAGAGAUGGAGCCAGAGAUGGAGCCAGAGACAGAGCGGGAGAUGGAGCCGGAAACGGAGCAGGAGAUGGAGCCGGAGAUGGAGCGGGAGAUGGAGCCAGAGCCGGAGACGGAGCGGGAGACGGAGCCGGAGAUGGAGCGGGAGAUGGAGCUGGAGAUGGAGCAGGAGCCGGAGACAGAGCGGGAGAUGGAGCCGGAGAUGGAGCCGGAGAUGGAGCCAGAGCCGGAGAUGGAGCGGGAGCGGGAGCCGGAGCCUGAGCCCCAGCCUGAGCCCCAGCCCGAGCCUGGUGAGGUCUGGCAGAGGAGGGGCAACCUGGAGGGAGCGGCAGCUGCGGCCUCAGACCAGCCCCCAGAAGAGGAGGCCUGUGCGGGGGGCGCGGGGCAGGAGGAAGGCGCCACUGGAGGCUCCCAAGCCAACGGCCACCAGCCGCUGCGUUCGCUGCCUUCCGUGCGCCAGGAUGUCAGCCGGUACCAGAGGGUGGAUGAAGCUCUCCCACCAGACUGGGAGGCUCGCAUCGACAGCCAUGGCAGGGUCUUCUACGUGGAUCAUGUCAACAGAACCACGACGUGGCAGCGGCCCACGGCUCCCCCCGCCCCGCAGGUGCUGCAGCGGUCCAACUCCAUUCAGCAGAUGGAGCAGCUGAACCGGCGGUAUCAGAGUAUUCGCAGAACCAUGACUAAUGAAAGGCCUGAGGAAAACGCCAGUGCUAUCGAUGGGGCAGGGGACGAAGCGGACUUUCACCAAGCGAGUGCAGAUUUCCGACGGGACCAGGUCCUGCCCCACUCUACCUCCAGAUCCAGGCUCACCUUGCUGCUACAGUCUCCUCCUGUCAAGUUCCUCAUCAGCCCAGAGUUCUUCACCGUGCUGCAUUCUAACCCUGGUGCCUACCGCAUGUUCACGAACAACACGUGUCUGAAGCACAUGAUCACCAAAGUCCGGCGGGACACACACCACUUCGAACGCUACCAGCACAACCGGGACCUCGUGGGAUUCCUCAACAUGUUUGCGAACAAGCAGCUGGAGCUGCCCAGGGGCUGGGAGAUGAAACACGACCACCAGGGCAAGGCGUUCUUCGUGGACCACAACUCCCGCACCACCACGUUCAUCGACCCUCGGCUGCCCCUGCAGAGCAGCAGGCCCACCAGCGCGCUGGUCCACCGGCAGCACCUGACCAGACAGCGCAGCCACAGCGCAGGCGAGGUAGGAGAAGAUGCCCGGCACGCGGGGCCGCCCGUCCUGCCCAGACCGUCCAGCACGUUCAACACGGUCAGCAGGCCGCAGUACCAGGACAUGGUCCCCGUGGCUUACAACGACAAAAUCGUUGCGUUUCUGCGCCAACCCAACAUCUUUGAAAUUCUGCAGGAGCGCCAGCCCGAUCUCACGAGAAACCACUCACUCAGGGAGAAGAUCCAAUUUAUUCGAACUGAGGGGACCCCAGGGCUAGUGCGUCUCUCAAGUGAUGCAGACCUUGUGAUGUUGCUGAGUUUAUUUGAAGAAGAGAUAAUGUCCUACGUGCCUCCACAUGCCUUACUCUACCCCAGCUACUGUCAGUCCCCACGUGGCUCCCCGGUGUCCUCUCCGCAGAACUCACCAGGUACCCAGCGUGCCAAUGCCCGGGCCCCAGCUCCUUACAAGAGAGAUUUUGAAGCCAAACUAAGGAACUUUUACAGGAAGCUAGAGACUAAAGGAUAUGGACAAGGCCCAGGGAAAUUAAAGUUAAUUAUCAGAAGAGACCACUUGCUCGAAGAUGCCUUUAAUCAGAUCAUGGGCUACUCCAGAAAAGACCUGCAGAGGAGUAAGCUGUACGUCACCUUUGUCGGGGAGGAAGGACUGGAUUACAGCGGACCCUCCAGAGAGUUUUUCUUCCUAGUUUCAAGAGAACUGUUCAACCCGUACUAUGGAUUGUUUGAGUAUUCGGCCAACGACACAUACACAGUACAAAUAAGUCCUAUGUCUGCCUUUGUGGACAAUCACCAUGAGUGGUUCCGGUUCAGUGGCAGGAUCCUUGGUCUUGCACUGAUACACCAGUAUUUGCUGGAUGCCUUCUUCACCCGGCCUUUUUACAAGGCUCUUCUCAGAAUUUUAUGUGACCUUAGUGAUCUGGAGUACCUUGAUGAAGAGUUCCACCAGAGCCUGCAGUGGAUGAAAGACAAUGAUAUCCAUGAUAUCUUGGACCUCACGUUCACUGUGAAUGAAGAAGUUUUUGGCCAGAUUACUGAACGUGAAUUAAAACCAGGGGGUGCCAAUAUCCCUGUCACAGAAAAGAACAAGAAGGAAUACAUCGAGAGGAUGGUGAAGUGGAGGAUCGAGAGGGGCGUGGUGCAGCAGACCGAGAGCUUAGUGCGCGGCUUCUAUGAGGUGGUGGAUGCCAGACUGGUGUCUGUCUUUGAUGCAAGAGAACUGGAACUGGUGAUUGCAGGCACGGCCGAGAUAGACUUGAGUGACUGGAGAAACAACACAGAAUAUAGAGGAGGCUAUCAUGACAAUCAUAUCGUGAUUCGGUGGUUCUGGGCUGCAGUAGAAAGAUUCAACAACGAACAGCGACUAAGGUUGUUACAGUUUGUGACCGGCACGUCCAGCAUUCCCUAUGAAGGGUUUGCUUCUCUCCGAGGGAGUAACGGCCCAAGAAGAUUCUGUGUGGAGAAAUGGGGCAAAAUCACUGCGCUUCCCAGAGCUCACACUUGUUUUAACCGUCUGGACCUCCCCCCAUACCCGUCUUUCUCCAUGCUUUAUGAAAAGCUCUUGACAGCAGUCGAGGAGACCAGUACAUUUGGACUAGAGUGAUCUGGAAGCACCGUGCUAGACAAGCACACGCCAGGUAACUUCAGGAGCUACUUGCUAGAACAGUGUCUGAGCAGUUGAGGACUCGAGAUCCCGCCUGCCUCCGCGUGAGUGAGUCUGAAGACUGGUUUUCCAGGAGCCAUGAUGUGCUGCGCCUCUGGGGACUGGACCACGGCCAUCGGGCCCUCUGGACGGGUUUGGGUGAGCUUGAUGCCCCAGGGACAACCCAGCUGUCUGUCAAGCAACAAUUCUUGACUGCCAAAUGUUUUUCCAUUUGUCAUGUUCUCAGACAAAGACGGACUUGUCCUCCACCAGCUCCAUGCUAACUUGUAGGGGACUCAGGGUUGCAAUUGGCCUCCGAACGCGGCUCAAGCCAAACUGGCAGCACUUGGCCCAAACUCCAAAUUCGUGCAAGAUAAAUAAUAUAAUCAGAGCAAUUCUAUUUCCCGAAAGUACAUUCGUUGGAGCCCUAAGUCAUAACAGAAUAUUUUCUUGCUUAUGAGCACCUGCAUGAAGUGCACACCUAGGCUGCACACCUGACAAUGAAGCCAGGUCCACACGAGGGGACUCUGAGGUCUGCAGUGAGGUAGUCGGUGAUGAUGCACAUGCAGGUGGUGUGUGUAAGUGCGGCUGGAGACACACUGUUACUCAGUGAACUACUGCUGACAGUCUGUGCUUUAUCAUGCAUGAGAACCACUGAAAAUAACUAGCAACUAGUCACAGAAUAUCAGGAAAAACGUACACAGUGAGUUCUGUUUAUUUUUGUAAGUUCAUUCUAUUUAUGUUCUCAAAGAUGUAUAUAAAAACUUACCUGUCAUUCUGUCUGCAUCACCUGUUCCAUUUUCAUGCCUCAUGCUUACAUGGGCAUCAUGCUAGUAUGUAGCCUUCUAAGCACUCUUAAGGGAACAAAAGGGCCUUUUAUUUUUAUAAAGGUACAAAAAAUUCCCUGAAAUAUUUUGCACUGAAUGUACCAAAGUUGAAGGGCCAUUACAAUAUGACUUACAGUGAAUUCAUCACUUGACAAGUAUGAUAGUGAAUAGCUUCUGAAUCAGACCGCCUUCACAGUGCCCCGUGACCACUGCAAGGACUGAGCAUAUAAGGAAAAAUUUUUUAAGACUCACGAAACGUGAUACUACAAUAUGCAUUUGUUUAAAAUGCAUUAGACUCUUUUCCAUCCAUCAGUGACUUUACAGGAUGGCGUUGAAUACAGGUCUUCCGUAUUUCCCCCACUGCUUUUUAUUUGUACAGCACCGUUAGACUCUGAGCUCAGCUAGGGAGUCGCCGGCAACACCGGGGUGCUCGGUUCUCUCUAGUCAUCAGAAUCCAUUCUCUCUCAUCAGUGAAGACAUUACAAAUUGAAACCCUCAGUUCUCUAUUUCUAAGCCUACAUUUCCACUGACACCUGAUUUUCUUAUCAAUAGGAAGAAAUGGUUUUUCUAUGCUAUCUCAGAAACGGCAUGGCAACACUAAUGUUCUUUCUUUGUUUUUUAUCAGCGGAUGUCUUUGACUGCUGUGGCUGUGGGCUGCCCACCUCAGCAGUGUUUCCUUACGUUAUGGCCAUAACUAGUCAGAGGUGUAGUAAGUGAAAUGAGCGCAUGGGCACUCAGAACGCUGGCUUGACACUGGGUUUGCCAGCCUGCAGCUUCACAGACACUGCCCAAGCUUUCCUGUGAAAAUGGCAAGGAACCCCAGGCUUCCUAGUAUGGGGUGUCGGCAGCCUUCCACUUGACCGUGAUCGUGUGUGUGGCCUCCAUAGACUGUUUGCAGGAACUGGUUUUGUGUUACAGGAACCUGGGAUGAAGCGAGGAAGGUUUGUCUCUAUGCUAUAAGUGAGCUGGGGAAGGAAAGGAAGAAAGAAGAAAAUGUUCAUUUGAAAUGUUCCUUUGUACUUGCUGAUGAUGAAUAUAGGGAUAUAUUUAAUUUUGAAAACUGUUUUUACUUGUUUGUAUUUUUUCAUUAAGGAAAAAUAGUAUAACAGA